CAUUCUAACAUAAAAUAUAUUUUUGGUCAUUUACGAAGAAGUCUUGACAAAAACUAUCCAACAGCAGAAAAUUUCCUUCUAUCUGACGUCAAGAAGAAAUAUAAAGAAACUUUCGGCAUUGUUAAAACAUUCGAUGUACUAAAAGAAGAAAUAGAAGCUACAAAACUGUUUAGGAUUUCAAAUAUACAUCGUACAAUUCAUGUAAAACGCUUGUGA